AUUUAACAUGGCGGUGUAUUAUAACAGAACUACAGUAAAUUAACAGCAACAGACAACUUAUGUAAAAUUAUCGGCUCAUUCAGUGGCUGCAUAAGUAACGUCUUUCUUUCAGGCAAUGUUUUAAAAUCAAUUUCAGUAAUCUCUUAUUUUAGACUAAGAACCAUGGCACCUUAUGAGUUAUAAUGUAUAUUGAUUGGUCUCGUUGGUCUCUAUUUACUUGUACUCUACUUGUACUUGUACUAUUUAAUAAUUUAAAGUAGCUGUGUUCGGACCCGAAAAUGAGUGAGAGGUUGGGUUAUUAUUAUAUUAAUUAUAAAAAAAAAUAUUUAAAAUAUUAUUGUUUAUGUUGGGUUUGUAACACAAAAUUUUGUAUCAAAUGAAAGAUGAUUCUGAUUGGGUUGAAUGGACUAUAACUAUAUUAUUAUAUGUUUUUAAACUUACAUCUUCAGUUUAAUUAAAAUAAAUAAAUUACCACAAAUCAAAGUGACAAAUGACAUCCCAAUAUCAUAAUAUCAAUAGCCAUGCCAUUUAGUCAUUUAGUUUAGUCUAACAAAGGGACCCGGGCCCUCUUAUAAUAAUUUAUUAGGGAUUUCUAUAUAUAGUGGGUUUCUACCUUGCAAAUAUAGUUCAUGACUAAUGUAGCUGAGAUGAAACAGUUUCCAACAAGGAACAGCCUUUUCAAUGGCUGUGACUGUGUACAUUCGGCACUGAUAGAUUGGGGCUGUGCACACCCAUUGCCAUAACACAAAAAUAUGACAUUUUCCCCCACCCCCUCACCCCAUAUUACGUUAUAUAAUAUUACCAUUGACAACCUCCUUAAUAUUAAGUAAAACAUUUCUAGCAACCACCCAUAAUAAUAAUUAUAAUAAAGUUCAUUUCAAAACACGCUGCAUCCCUAAUUAAGGCUCGAAGCGCAAUAACAUUCAAUAGGCAACAAUACAAAAUCUACUUACAAGCCAAUGGACAAUACAAGCCAAUAUACAUCGAUGAAUAUGAGGAAGCUCCUUGAAAAACAAAAAAAAGAUUUGACCAAAUUUCCGCUCGAUCAAAUUUCUGUCGGUCACUUUUCUGUCGACGAAAUUUCUUUCGAUCAAAUUUCCGGCAACCUUUAUUCAGUGCUAAGGUAACAAAAAUAAAGUGUUAGGAAAAUCAUACUAGGCUGUAGCAGGCUCCCUGGUCCUGCCUUUGCAUGUUAUUCUAAAUUUGAACUUAUUAAAGUCAUGGUAGUUUGUAAAUAGGCCUACAGGGUGAGUGUGGAUCUACUAGCGUCAUUAGAUGUAUGCUUCAUAUUCAAAAGGGCUAACAAUUUAAGUACAAAUUAUAUAUGUCUAAAGAUCAUAUAGUUUAAAUAACAUUCUAAAUUUAUUGUAAUCAGUAAAGAAUGCAAUUUUAAUUCUUAAAAAAUGUGAUUCAUAUUUUUUUCUUUGAAAAAAAACAACUUAAAAUUAAAAAACUUUAAAGUUUUUUAAUUUUAUUAUUAUGCCAAAAAUUUUGUGAAAAUAAAUAAAAUCUAUGGAAUACAUUUCAUGACUUCUGGGCAAUAAACCUUGAUUGUUUAAAAGAUUGUCUAGUCCAUAUCAAUCUUGAUUCCAAACAUUGGUCUUCAUGCAAUGGUGAUUUCAUCUCUUGUUUCUUCAUGCACUGGUCUCUUGUGUCUUCAUGAUAUAGUGUUCUUGUACCUUGUAUCUUCAUGCAAUAGUGUAAAUGCCCCUUGUGUCUUUCAAUUGUGAAUGUUUUUAUUUUCCAACUUGUUGGCAUUAGCUUUUAUAUGUGUUACUAUGCUGCUACGGCUCAGGUUAUAAGUUCAAUCACAGCCAACCAAUUCAUUUAAAUAAAACUUUGUUUCUGUGUUUUCAGGUAUUAAAAUAAGAAACAUUUGGACAAUGAAAUAAAAAUGUUGUAUACAGAGAUCAAUUUCAAAAUUGACUUAGUUUCUGCAGCUUUAAACCAUCUUCAAUUUCUAGAGGAAUGCGAUAAUCCGAUUCUGAGGGAUGAAGGAAUCUUGCGCCAGGCAUUACAUCGUUACCAACAUUUCUGGUUGCCUCUGGCAGCAAAAUACUACAAUAAGAUUCUAGAAGCACCCCUGGAUGUAGCAUGGGUUUGGCAUUGUCAUAUGCUGUCACCUGCAGCUUACUGUGCAGACUGUAUCAGGGUAAGCCUAAUUCAUUGUCAUUUUAAAAAGAUAUAAUUCAUGCUAAAACACGCAAACAGGAGAAGCAAACAGGAGAACGUCUGUUAUCUCAGCUUGGAAACAUGUAAAAUAUUUUACCAUAAUAUUUUUAAACAAUUAAAUCCAGCUUGACUAAGACUAAAUAUGCAUGUGUUAAAAAAUUUUGGCCAAAUGACUUGGAUGUCACAGAUGUCUAGGAUUGGAAUUUUAAUUAUAAGACUUAUUAACCCAUAUAUUAGUUUACUAUAGCAGCAGUGACUUAAUGUAAGGAUAUUCCUUACCAUUCUGUUAAAAAGAAAUUUUAAUUAUAAAAUUAUGAGGCAAGAGGAAAAAAACAACAACUUUUCAAUGAAGAUUAAUUUUGUAAAAUCACUUUGUACAUUGUACCUCGAUGGACAUGACAGCAAUUAGCAAAGUUUUUUUUAUCUUUGAUUUAUUUGAAUUUAGUUUCUUGAUCUUUUAAUCUUCAGUUGUUGGAUGGUAAAAUUGUAGAUCACACACUUGACAGAAAUGCCAAAAGUAAAGCACAGGUGCUUGAUGAGACAAGAGAAUUAUGGAAUAAAGAAUUCCCCAAUGAGCCUUUUGAGGUGGAGUUGAACCCAAGCCUAGUUAAUCCAAAGUACAGGAAUGGAGGAACUGAUUUCUCUUACAAUAUACUGGAGGCUGCUGGUCGGCAAAAAGAAUUUGGCUACCAGGUAAGUAAGUAUUUAAUUAAGAAUAAAUCCUGGAAUGUCAGGUUUGUCUCUGUGGCAUUGUUGCAGUACUUGCAAUUAAAAAUUUAGAUGAUUUAUUCUCUUGUAAGGUUGAGCCUAACCUCUUAUAACCUUGGCUAGCACAUCACUAGCUGUAUCACCUACUGCCAAGCCUUUGAGGCCCUCUUUGCAAAAGUAGUCCUUAAGCCAGGCUUUCACUUUGAGUCAUUGGCCUGUCAGGUUCAGCUGGGCUGCAACAUCUCACCCAAGGGUAUCUGCUCUCUUGUUUUCUGAACUUGAUAAAGGACCCAUUGGAGGAUGACCAUGCUGUCACAUGCAUGAAUGUCGUCUGCUAUUUCCAGAAUGUCCCUUGAACAUUGUUAACUCCAUUCAGCUCCUUUCCACAGAUUUAAGAGCUAACUGUUUUGUGAAGACCAGAAUGCUUGGGAAGCUUUUCUCAUCACCAGGCGAUAGCUCACUUAUUUCAGGGCAACCAAAAUUGCUUUGAGUUCUGCAUCCAAGUUUAUUCUAUUUUUUCUAAUAGGCCCUGAAAUCUCAUCUGAAGGUGGGUCGCACCACCCCCCCCCCACCCCAAAUGAGUGCACCAUAUCCUGCUCAAUUCUCGCUUGCGAGCAUGUCAGUUAAGACUUUUACCACUUGGUCUGUGAAAGCUGCUAUCGACCUCAUAGCUUCUUCCAUCUGAGCAUUUGGAGGGCUGGCUUUUGUCACAGCUGCAUUUACCAGUGACAGAAGUUAAAAUCAGUUAUCCCUGCCCCAAGCUCAAACCAGCCACAUUUUUCUCUGAUCUUGGGUAUGGAUAGGUUAUUUCUCCAAAUGGUUGACUGCAUCCAUAAAGGAGGGUCUUUUUAACCUUUUCUGCUUAACCCAUCAGUCUUCUAACUGGAAGUAAGGUUCUAUUAUGUCUAACCAGCGGUAGAUGCUUUUAGAUCAGAGAUUCUCAACCUUUGGGUCGCGACCCCAUUCACUUGGGUCGCCUAAGACCAUUGGAAAACACAUAUUCUCUACAGUUAUGAAGGUGCAGCGAAAAUAAUUUUGUGGUUGGGGGUCGCCACAACACUGUAUAAAAGGAUCGCGGCAAUAGGAAGGUUGAGAACCACUGAUUUAGAUUUAUUGGUUUUUUUCCCUUUAAAAGCUAUAGAUCCAAAAAUUUUUACUUUAAAAAAAUGUGCAAAGCCACUUCUUAGCUAACAAAUUUAACAAAAUUUACAUUACUUAAACAUAUUAUUUAAUUUAUUCACUAUUAGGUCAGCUUGCCUCACUACAGAGAUAAAAAAUUCUUAGAGUCAUCUCUGGUACGCUAUAAAAAAUUUCUGGUACUCAAACUUGAGAAACCCAAAAUGUUCAUUGUUCCAUGCUAUGACAUUGACCUCUUGUGGCACACCCAUCAGCUUUACCCUUUGCUAUACAAAGAAGAUACAGAGAAACUGUUUGGGAAAAUUUUCAACCAUGAUGAUAGUGUAACAGAUAGGAAUGAAGGCUCCAAACUCUUCAAUGCUGACCUGGCAACUAGGGAAGUAAGUUGCUAUGAGUUUUCUUCUCCUAAUUUUCUCUCUCUCAUUGAUGAAAUAGUUUCUUGAAUGUAAUGUUGAGUUAGUCAAUAGUAAUAGAAAAAUAACAUUUAUUGGAACACAAUUAAUGUCCUACAUGUUUUAUUUUUAAAUGAAGACUAUGUAUUUGAAAAAAUACUUUCAUCUAACCAUUGUAUAUAUUUUUUAUUUUAUUUUGUCAAGGCUUGGAAAGAAGUGUUCAAUGAGAACUUUGCCUUGUUUGGGGCAAUGUACAGGGGAGAGAACCCAUUAGGGAAACUGUAUGGCAUGAAGACAGAAGAGGUCACAGCCCUUAGGACCAAGUCAGCCAACUUGGUGUUUGAGAGAGUUGAGAUCAGAUCAAGUCCUAACAUUGCUGGGAAACCGAGACUCAGAAUCUUCACAGGUGUCAACACAAAACAGGUAACUUUUAAACUAUAAUACUUCAGUUUGGGAGGUACCUUCCAAAUUUAUCUAAAUAAAAGUCUCAAAACGGAACUAAAUUAAUAUUAAAGUAUGGUUUUCAAAAUUCAUUUGACUUUUUGUAAUGAGAUAUUUAUGUGAUAAAGUGAUUGAAAACUAAAUUCAUAUUGAACUUUAUUGAAUAAUUAAAUAGCAAUAGCAUAUUUAUAAAAUGAUAUAUUAAUAAUUUUAAUGUUCAGAGAAGCUCUGGGAAAUAUAUUUUUGUCAGAUUGGACUAGUUUUUACAAAUUGUAAGAAUAUGUUUAAAUUUAUUUAAUUUCCUUUAAAAAAAAGUUGUUUAUUUAGAAUUGUCCUGGAUACAAAUCUGUUAUUUAUCAAUUUAUUCUAGUACCACUCAUUGACUGUAAUCUUAGUUUGUACAAAUUAAUUUUGUUAUUGACAGUCUCAAAUAAUGGCAACUCUGAAAGGCAGCAACAAAGUCUGGCAGGAGAAAUCUUUGUUCAACGUGAACUUUGACACACGGAGUGUCAACUGUAUCAUAUUCAGUCUUCAAGAGUGCACCGGCUGGGCUUGUCUUGGGACCAAAACUACAGUGGCAGAGACAAGUUUUGACAUGCUACCUGUGUUGGAUUCAGUCCCAUUUCAUCAUAAUGUCACCCAGGAACUCAGCACCAUUUUACCUGGAAACCUUCAGGUCUGAAACACUUAAUCUUUUUUCACUUUUUAAAAAAAAUUCUAGUCUUCAAAUGGGAUUAAUUUAAUUUCCAGAGAGAUUAGACUUGCUAUAAAUGAAAACAAAUCUAAAGUUAUAAUAAUAAAUUCAAAUAGCACAAUAGCUGUAGCAUAAAAAGAAUAAAUUCAAAUAGCACAGGAGUUGUAGCAUUAAGAGAAUAAAUUCAAAUAGCACAGGAGUUGUAGCAUUAAGAGAAUAAAUUCAAAUAGCACAGGAGUUGUAGCAUUAAGAGAAUAAAUUCAAAUAUCUCAGGAGGGGUACAAAUAGAAGGCAAGAAGGGCAUAACUCUUUCUGUGCCAAUCCACGAUUUACAGUCGAUUUAAUUUCUAUAGUUUUUGACAUUGCCUACGGCUAUCAAUCCUACUUUUUAUGUUCUGAAAUGAACAAUAACUCUUCCUACUUACUUCCUAUUAGUAGUAGGUUUUGUUUACAUUUGUUUUUCCAAUAAUUGUGCCCUUUUUUUUUCAAAUUUGUGUUGAAACCUUUUGUAAACAAAAGAAUGGCCAUGCCCACUCCAAGCACAUCAGCUGUUGCUAGACCACAUAUGUUCUUAAGUUUGCAAAGGAGCAUUUAUUUCAAAUUAUUGAUGCUGAAGCACCUGACAAUAAUCAUGAAUCAUUUGAAUCUGAUUCCAGUGGUGAUUUUCAGCUUUCUGAUGGGACAGGAAAUGUCAAAUGGAAAUAGAGGAGAUUAUAGAAAUAGUGGUGACAGCCUGCACUUUGGUAAAAAUUUCAAAACUAUGUCAAAAAUAUAAAAUACCAUAGCUGUAUAGAGCUUAGAGAAUGCAUUACAGUAGCACCAAGAUCAACUUUCUAGCUCAAGUGGUUCAAAAGUUAUGAAUUUUUUAGUAAGGAGCUCAAAACCACUUUUUACUAUGACGACAGUGAUGAUUCAGAUAAUACCACUCCUAUUCCUGCAAAGAGAAGUCAGAAAUUAGGCAGAAAAGAUGAAGGAAGAAUAGUUUCUAAAGCCCAAAACCCUGAAACACACAUUCCCCUAUUGCCCACCCUGUCAAAGCCAAGGAAAAAGCCCACAACAGUGCAGACCAGCGUCUCAGUGAAAAUAAGCAAGUGGUUGACUAUGACUGGCAUGAUUGACAGUGCAUACUGUUCAGUGCACUCAAAAGUAACACAAAAAAAUCAACAAACGUGUUGGCAGGAAGCCUUCCACAGCGAACAAACAACAGAAAAAACAGAAUCAAAUUAAAAAAUAGCACUUAGCUUAGAAUUAGUAUCCGAGAGGGCACCAAAAGAUUUGUGGAGAAUGAUAUGUCAUCCCAUGACUAAACCCAUGCCAAUUAUGGCAAGACGAGCACUGGUAUAGAACCCUCUAGGAUUAAGAGGACAAGGUAGACCCAAAAACAGGUGUAAUAAAAAUUUGAAAGAGCUAGAGAAGAUAGCUAGAGACUUGUAGAGAACACAGCAAUAGACCGGUGGAGAAGAUAGCUAGAGACCGGUGUCACAGUCAGAUUACAUGUAGUUUUUUUGUGUCAUCAUUUAUUACUGUAUGAGAGAACGAUUUUAAUUUUUCCAUUUGUUAAUAAAAUUAUGAGCGAACUCAGUCACGUAGGACUAUGAACGCAGUCAGAUAGGAUUUUGAACAGUCAAGUAGGACUAAAAGCCAUGUGCCUUUGUGAGCCAGAGAUUAGAUUAGAUGAGAGCGAUGAGUUACUACAAUUGUGGUGAUAGGAGUGAAAUUAUUAAAAACAGUUUUGCUAGGCAGUGAAUAUAUUAUUUUGUUAUAGAUGUGUAGGAUUUUUUUUUUUUGGGCCAUCGUUUCUUUCCAUGCACAAUUUUGGAUUGUUUUGCGCACUAAGUGGGUAAAUGAAGAAUCUGAACUUUUCCACGUCUCAUGGUUAUUUUGACUUCUUACUUCACAUCAGCCUUGUAGGGGCUAGGAAAAAGAAGUACUAUGCUCUGACAUUGUUUUCAUUGUGGCCAUAAGAUGGGGACCUACUCCAAGACAAUGUAUAUGCCACAGUGGCAGCCCAACCAAACAGAGCCUGUACAGGAUCUAUCCACCACUACCGGAAGCCUUGGAAAGAAAUUAUUAAUUGCCUAUGUUGCACUGGGAGUUGAAAAGGCAAAGAAGAAGACAAUGUAAUUUUUGAAACUAUAUGUUCUUUGUAUGUGUGACUACUUUUGAUCAACAGUGUCUUUUAUAAUAAUUUAUAUUCACAUAAUCUUGUGACCAUACCUGAUCAAAAACAAAUUUUAUACUUGUGUAGUUGAUCUUAUCUGCAUCAAGAGAUUAUUUUGUACUCCAUGUAAACAUGUAUAUCUAUAUUCAUUCUUUCUUUGAACAGAUAGACUUCAAAGUGAACAUCAAUCAGCCAAAACCAGGACCCAUAUUGCUGUAUCUUAAGGCAGGUCAUUAUGAGCGGGCAGUGAUGCCAGAGCACCUGGAAAAUCUUUGGGGACCAAUCCCUCUGCCCCGACUUCCUCCUGGAACUGACAACUGGUGUGAAGUGGCUUCCCACAAGUAAAGCAAAGUUUUUGUUUUUUUUUGAUGUUCAUAACAUAUCACUAUUUGUUUAGUUCUGGCAUCAACAUUGAUGAAACAAUAAAUCUGUAGUCCCUCACCCUCUGAGCGAUUGCAUCUGUUGUAUUCUCAAUAUUGAACGUUUUAUUCUCUGAAACAAUAUAUAUAUAUAUAUAUAUAAAUAAAUAUAUAUAUAUAAACAAAUUCAACAUGGAAGUUAGUUUAAUCCAAACAUGUUUGGAAGGAGGCUGCAAAAAAACCUAACCCCACCGACUCUAAAUUGGGAGAAUAGCAUUUCUUGACUUCAGAGUAAUCAAUCAUCGAGGUGCUGUUAAGUUCAUAGGAAAGGCAGACCAGAUUAAUUGGUGAUGACAUGGAAAUAACAAUCGGGGAGAUAAGGAAUGUACGCCACCAUAACAUAUUGUAAAUAGGAAUCACUUUUUAUGGAAGAGCUCCCAUUCAUUUUAACAAUAUUUCACUACAUUCUGAUUUUUUGAAACUCUUUAGAAUAGCAGAAUUUAAAGUAAGGAAUGAACCCCAUUGACACUAAAAUGGAUGCUUGCAUUUCUUGACUUCAGAGUAAUAAAUCAUCGAGGUGCUGUGAUGUUCACAUGCCGCCUGAUCCAUUCUCAGCCCUUGUUGCAGUCUGCUGUGCAUGUGUUUUACCAAGACAAAAUGGUGGCAGUGGGCCAUUUGGUGGGCACUGACCAGAUCCCUAUACCUACACAGGUAAGAGCUGCACUUAGUUAAGGGACUCAAUAUCUGGAUAUUGUUGGAUUAAAGUAAGAGAUCAGACUGAAUAAAAGGACUCCAUUACUGGAUGUUAGAGAGUUAAAGAAAGAGAUCAAAUGCCCCGUGGAUAGUUGGCCAUGAGGCAUGUUACUUAUACAACAACCAUAAGUAUCAGGAGAGAACAUACUUGAUGUGUGUGGGGGGGGGGGGCAUGCACCAGAGGGGAACAUACAAAAGCAACCUACUUUUUAAAAUUUGAAAGUUGUUUAUAUGGCGGGACAUCUUUUGUUAAACUAAUCAUUUUUUAAUUUUGUAGUAUUUAACUGUAAAGUUAGAACUCAGGACUAACCAGGAAAAAUGUCUACUUACCAGUCCUGUUCUCAGAAAAAAUGUAGGAAUGGUCACCUUAAACAUGCACCAGGGGAGGUAAUGCACCAAAAAAGGGAGUGAAUCCACAUUGUUCCUUGCAGGUGGCCAACAGGUCCGGGUGUGUGACACUUAAUCCAAGAGCAGGUGAAAGAGCUGUCCUUAUCAAAAAUCAUAAAGGAGACUGGGCUCUGGCAGUUGGCAGAUGGACUGGCUACAAGAGAGGUGUGCCUGGCAUAGCAGGUAGGACACCUAGGCGUUGUGCGUCAACAAAUAUAUCACAUGUCAUUAGGCUACUCUGAUAUUGACAUUUAGUAUUAAUUAAUUCACAGCAUUCAGUCUUAAAUGUCAGGGUAGCCAAAGAAUAAAUAAUGGUGAACAUUUUUCAUGAAAUCAAUUUGUUUGUCUGGGAAAUAUGAACUUGCUAAACAUACUUUAAUUAGUUUUCCAUCCACUGGGGUAACAAAAAUAAUGGUCUGUCCCACGGAGGCCGAUUUUUAUAAAAUAAAAUUUCUUUUUGUUUGAAUCAGGUACAAGGAAUCAGAAGGGAAGAAAAGGAGUACCUGGCAGUCCUGGCACGCUGCAUUUGAAAAUAUGGACAAUGAGUGAAAGAGCAAUGAAAGAAAUGAAGCUGUCCUAUGACUCCAACAUUUACAGCAUGAGACUACAGGGCGCCCUCGUUGACCUCAAAGCUGGAUUAAUCUCGGUAUUUUAUUUUAUUCAUAAAAUAUUUUGUGGCCUGGAUUUUAACAAAUGGGGCCCUUAAAUUACUUCAAAUUGGACAGCCCUGAGUUAGACAAGGAAGCAUUUUCUGCAUGCAUUAGUUCAAGGAUAAACUGAGCCACAAUUUUAAUUACCGGUACAAUAAGUUCCAACUAUCACUAGAACUUAGUAUUUUUAUUGCAAUAAAUUACUACUAUCAAUAGAACUUGGUAUUUAAAUGACAAUGGGUUUCAACUAUGACUAGAACUGGAUCUUUUAAUUACAAUAAAUAACAACUAUGACUAGAACUGGAUAUUUUUAUUACCAUAACUUACAACUAUCACUAGAGCUAGAUAUUUUAAUCAAAAUAAAUUACGGUACAACUAUCACAAGAACUGGAUAUUUUAAAUACAAUAAAUUACUACUAUCACUAGCACUGGAUAUUUUAAUUACAGUAAAUUACAACUAUCACUAGCAAUGGAUAUUUUAAUUACAGUAAAUUACAACUAUCACUAGAAAUUAAUAUUUUAAUUAUAAUCAGUUACAACUAUCACUACAACUUGGCUUUGCAUUGAAGAUAAAUAUUCUUUAUGGGACUUUCAGAAAAAUGUUAGCAUUAAUUUUCUAUUAAUUGUUGCCUUUAUUUUGAUUUUUUAAAUUUCUUUUUUCCCUCUCUGCAUCCAGGUGGAUGAGUCAUGUGACAACGUUGCAGAGAGUCUUGCUCUUGCCUUCAGUAUUGCUCUACUGCAUGUCUUGUGUCAACCACGACCACAAGGCUGGGAGCCAGGACAGAGCAUGCAGCCUGCUGAACCUGCCAGAGGUGCUAGAAGGGUAAGUCUAUUGUUGACAUGGUGAGGCUUCCAUUGGGAACUUUUCAUGCCUCUUGACCCAGCUUUGGGUACAAAGGAAGUGGAAUGGACAUGUUGACCCAGCGCAGCAACCAUUCUUAUAAUUAUAUUUAUUUAAAAUACAUCAACUUCAAUAUAAAUUAUUUAUUAAUCAGUUUAAAUAAAAUGAAUUAUUAAUUCAUAAUGAUUAUUAUUAAUGAUUAAUUCAUAAUGAUUAUUAUUUUAUUAAUUCAUAAUUGGUUGGCAAAUUAUUAUUUUUCCUCUUAAAACUUAGAUAAACUACGUCCCCUCUGAGGACCUGGCUUUUGUGAUGGCUGCAGGAUUUCUCAUGGCAACACCAUCCAACUUUUAUGUCAGAGAGCAUUAUGGUGAUCACGCUUGUGCUGGAUGUGGGGGUGGUGGUGGAGACAUAGUUGUCAAUGACUUCACAGGUGUUGACUGUGGCAGUAUUGGGGGUGGAGAUGUUGGAGGAGGA